AUGUCGUCGACUGCCUCUGAUUCACAGGAAGACCACUUUCCCGUCACUGUCACCGCCACCGCGGCCAUGCCUCGUCUAGCGAGUUCGGCCCCUCUUUCCGACAUCUAUCUUACAGAAUUCGAUGAUAGCCUUUCUGCUCUUCAAACUCACCCAACCACUCAAUGCGAAGCCAAUACACUCUCAGAAAGAGACGAAAUGAACACCACUUGGUUUCGCCCUCGCCGGGUAGCUUCGGGGAGUAGCUCUGGGGGUACGGUUUAUGUCUCUCCAACCGAACAUGAACUUCAAGAUGAACCCCACGAGUUUCCACACUUUCGUGAAGUCGCUUCCGAUGAGGACCCUCACAACGAUGCAUACAAUUCAGAUGAAUUCUCUGAUGACGAAGGACCUACCACUGCCCAAAAAGCCCAGAAACCAAUUGCUGCAAAGAAAAAGCGAUUUUCCAGUUCCCAACAAUCUAAAGCUACAUCUUCUGCAAGCGCCAGUGCCAAACGUCAUCGCAAAGCGCAAGAUCACGAACAAAACACCUCUCCCAUGUUGAGCUCUUCGCCUCGCUCGGAGAAAAUUCGAGUCAAGCGCCCUAGGCUACAGGACAUCGAAGAUGGUGAUGCCGACGCUGUAACUCCAGAGCCGGUCAAUUAUGAGAGCAUCGAAGAAGCAACAAAACAAGAUCCGACGCCAGCCAGUGGCCGGACGCUGCGCAAGAAAACGAUCCAGCAAACCCAUCCAUACCAGUUCGAGAGAAUUCAAUAUAAUCUGGAAAAGGCAACGGGUGUUGCUGCAAACUCAGAGGACAUCGAAGAAAUGAUCGAUUCAACUCCCAAGCAAAAGCCCAAGGCUCGUAGAAGCUCGGGGCGGCGCCCUGGCGGCAACAAAGCUGACAAGGCAAACAAAAAGAGCAAGAGCAAGAGGGAACAGACUGGUGAGCCCAAGAGAGGCCGUUCUGACUCGUUGAUUUCCGUAACGAGCUCUGUGCGCCCCAUUGAUGUUCUCGAAAAAACCACGAUACAGAUUUGGCUGGAUGGAUUUCCGCACGGCGCUGCACCCGUAGGGCUCAGCAAAGUUGAAAACAUCGACCAGCUGAUUGACAGAAUGAUCGACAACUGGGAUUGGAAGUUCGAGGGGAAGGUGUUUUCGCAUGCGAUAGCAUCCUUUCCUUGGCUGAGCAAGGAAUCAAACAUCCUCAUCCGACCUGGAAUGACGGAUAGUUUCCUCAAAUUAGUGGGAGAGGUCAAGACAGCACCGACAUGGACGGAAACGGCCGAGGACAAAGAGAAAUCUUGUGAAGUGAAGGUGACAGUGUUUCUACAAGCACGAAAAUGA